CAGGCGUGACGCUCGCGGACUUUCCUUGGGACGCCUGUGUUUUGUUUUUGACUGUUUUGUUUGUGAUUGAGCAUAAAGCACUUAUAUCCAACAGGUAGUUGACUGGUACCUUCUGUGUAGCAGGCCUUUUUAGGGGGCAGGACGCAACCGUGGCCCAGACAAGGUUCCCCCCCGCUCUAAUAGGAAAUAAAGAAACACUAGGAAGGUCGGAAAAGGUUGGUUACAUAAAGUAAAGACAAGGUGAUGUGACCUGGGGAUGGAUGACAGGGCGGCCUUUCCGAAAAGGUGAUCCUCAGACGGAGCAGAGGGAAGGGGAUCGCAGUGGGAGGAGCUGGGGGGAGCCUGGCCCCAACCCACAGGCAUGGCCGCGCUUCGGAGGAGGCCUCUCAGUCCCGGGGUGCCAGGUUCUCGGGGCUCACAGCCGGGUCCCUGCAAGGACCCUUUGAGGAUGGUGCCCAGAUGCUGUCGCCCCAUGUCGCAGCUUGGAAUGAAGGGUCGCUUGUGCCACACCGCUAUAGGAAGCGAUGGAACCGGACUCCAGAAGGGGACAGCUUGACUCCGGAGUUGGUGUUGGCGUGCUUCAAGUCUCUGUGACAGCGGAGGCCAUGCAACGAUUUACAGAAUGUCCGAAGGUGACAGUGUUGGAGAUUCUGUCCAUGGGAAACCUUCUGUCGUGUACAGAUUUUUCACGAGACUUGGACAGAUUUAUCAGUCAUGGCUAGACAAGUCCACACCUUACACAGCCGUGCGAUGGGUAGUGACACUGGGCCUGAGCUUUGUCUACAUGAUUCGAGUUUACCUGCUACAGGGCUGGUACAUUGUGACUUACGCCUUGGGAAUCUACCACCUCAAUCUUUUCAUAGCCUUUCUCUCUCCCAAAGUGGACCCUUCCCUGAUGGAGGACUCAGAUGACGGCCCCUCAUUACCAACCAAACAGAAUGAGGAGUUCCGGCCCUUUAUUCGAAGGCUUCCAGAGUUUAAAUUUUGGCACGCGGCGACCAAGGGCAUCCUCGUGGCCAUGGCCUGCACCUUCUUUGAGGCUUUCAAUGUCCCAGUGUUCUGGCCCAUCCUGGUGAUGUACUUCAUCAUGCUUUUCUGUAUCACCAUGAAGAGGCAAAUAAAGCACAUGAUAAAGUACCGGUACAUCCCAUUCACGCAUGGCAAGAGGACAUACAAGGGGAAGGAAGACGGAGGCAAGACGUUUGCGAGCUAGACACUUGGCCCAGCCCGUCACAGUCUGGGGACGGUUCUCAGCCAUUGUAACAAUGCCUUCUUCCUUCACAUAAAGUAGUUGAUUUCGAGGGAGUCGAAUUUUCUUUUUAAAAAGGAGCUUCAAUUAUUUGUAACUGAAAUAUCAGGUUCUUGAAGAAACUGACAUUUAAACCAAAUUGCAUUGAUUUAUUUUUCAGUGACAUUCAAGUGUUCAAACGGACAGAAUUCUAGUAAACUGCUGGUGGGGUGGACAGUUGAGCGGGGGUGUGGGGAGGGGUGGGCGGUCUCGGUUGUCGUGUGGCCUUGGAACGGACCUGCGCUGAAGGAGCCGGGUUGCACCCCAGCUGCCCCAACCAGGACACCCUUGGCCACAUCACCCAGCUGGAGGAUGAUGCUAACCUGAUUCCUGUGCGUUGGAAGAACAUUUGAAAGGUGAUUUCUGAGUAACUCUGGGGUUCUAAUGCCAGUUUCCCAAUUUUAUCUCACCAGAGAUGUUUAAAGUUGGUCUCUAUCAUAAUGACUCAAAACUUUGUUCUUAAUUACCAUGAUUGCUUUUUGGGGGGCCUGGAAUUAUAAAUAUAUAUAUUAUAUUUUAAUUGUUUGGAAUUAUUUUGACACAUUUCUUUGAUACCUGAAGAGUUGUUUUUGAUUAAUUUGAAAUUCUCAUGCAGUGGCCCCUUUACAGAACAACUGGUAAGGGCAGACCAGUUUGUGGGUUUUAACAUGGCUUCUCACUUUCUACAGGAAAACAGAACUCUGACCCGCAUGUCAACUUUUUUGAUGUGAUAAAAACAAAUACUCGUAAACAUUUUACUAAGUGACUUUUUAAUUCCAACUUUAUUAAAGACAGUGUCCCCUUU